AUGGCUUGCACUCGCAAACAUCACUCUCUGCAUCUUGAUUCGGUUCUUGGCUUUUUCGAGGUUGAUGAUGUCAGUUGUGUCGAUGAAGACAUGCAUGACAGAAGGCUUGCCUUUCCAUUCCAUCCUGAUAGAUUUGGUUUCGAAGUUUCUUCUGAAGCGGUCCUCUUCAUCGAAAAUUUCAUCCAGCAUAUUUGAGCGUUUGACUGGGAUGUUAUAAAAUUAUUGUGAGAUCCAGUGAAGAACAAUGAGUUAAACAACAUCUAGAAGUCUUCAGAGUUGAAGUCAGACUUACUUGUCAGCAGACUUGUCUCAAUCAAUAAUUGCGUGUUUCCUAAAAUUUUGGCCAUUUGCUUUGUAUCAAUGAGGAUUCUCAGUAAGAAACUGUAACAAAUCUCAGUGUUCACUUUGAUUAUUCAUGGUUUUAUCUGUCUUUAAAGUGACUUUUACUUGUUCAAGUCUCUGAAUCUUGCGGUUCAGAGUCUUUAUUGAAGCUUCGAACUGGUUGUUUGGAUAUCACUUAGACUUAUCAGAGAUUCUCUGAGGUAGUAUAAGUACUGGAUGAGGAAAUUCUUGCAUCAUUUUAGCCUUCUCUUUGACCAACUUAUUGUUCUUCAAGAUAAUUGAAUACAUAUCAGCUAGUCUUGAUUGCUCAAUAUAAGCUCAGAAACUCUAAUAAAGAAUUGAGGCAACUGUUGAUAGUAAAAUAUAAUUGUCGAGCUCUCCAAUCUUUCUCCAUAUCAAAUAUAAGUUAAGAACAUUUGUCAGAGUAAACACAAUAGAGUUCAGCCUUUUUCUGGUUGAAAUCAGCGCAGUCGUGAAAUAAAAUAUCAAUAAGUGUUUGAAAGAUAUCAAUUCUGGUGCCCUACAUAGUCUGAAACAUUGUCAAAAUGAGCUAGUAUGAAUGCAGCACAGUUGAUGAAGCCGAUGCAAAUCUUCACAUAGGAGAGAGGCUCUGAGAUGAAAUAUAUUGGGAUUCAUGAAAGUCCCAAUAAUAUGAAGUUAGGAGCGGCAUGCUCAUGAUCUUCUUGUGUCCUUGAAGACUUGUGAGACUAACAAUGAUCUGCUGAGCUUACCUUGAUUAUGUGAA